UGACGUCGAGGCCGCCGACGCAGGAUCCAGCGGCUGACGCAGGGUCGACGUCUCCGGCAGAGACGCCUCCUCGAAACAACAGUCGUCCAGCUACGACCUGUUUCUCUUCUCGUUCUGCCGAAGAGCAACUGCUGGGAUGCCAAAGAAGUUCCAGGGCGAGAACUCCAAGGCGGUCACAGCCAGAGCCCGAAAGGCCGAGGCCAAGGCGGUGGAAGACGCCCGCAAGAAGAAGGAGGAGGAGGACUCCCUGUGGCAGGAAACUGACAAACAUGUGCUCAAGAAGGGGCAGAGAAAGGAUGACAAGGAGAAGAAGAGGAUGGAACUCCUGGAGAGGAAAAAAGAAAACCAGCGCCUUCUGGAUGAAGAGUUCGCCACGAUUAAAGGCAAAUCAAAUGAGGUUGCAGGUGUAGGAAAAGUGACCCGGGCCCAGAUCGAGGAGACGCUUCAGAAUGAGCAGCAGCAGCAAGAGGAGCUCCAACCGAAAGAAAAGAGCCACCUGGAGACUCCACUGGAGGAGAACGUGAACAUAAUUAUCCCUGAAAAAGGAGCAGUGGAAGCCAGAUCAAUAGAAGAUGCCAUCGCUGUGCUGAGCACGGGGCCUGAGGACCUGGACCGCCACCCGGAGCGGAGGAUGAAAGCAGCAUUUCUUGCCUAUGAGGAGGAGAACAUGCCUCUCCUAAAAAAGGAGAACCCCAACAUGAGAUUGUCGCAGCUGAAGCAGCAGCUGAAGAAGGAAUGGAUGAAGUCACCAGAGAACCCCUUGAACCAGCGCUUUUCCUCAUACAACUCAAAGUGAUAUCACUCCUUCCAUCAUGACGCCAUUUGAAAACUGUGCACUGUGGAGACUUUAAUUGGAAAAAUCAAAUAAUUUCAUCCUUAAAUUAACGUGGCCACGACCUGCUCAGAAACAAUAUCUCCAGUACCAGAGGACACACCUCCAAGGAGAGGCUCACCCCUCCAGCCCAUCAACGUCACAACUAAUCAUCAUGUCCGUGCACGUGGCCUCUAAUUUUGAAUGUGCGCAUCUAAUAAAUUUAAUGACAUCUCCUUUUUUUUUUUUUUAGCACUUCUUUGAAAGUGGGGAAUUCGAUGUUUUGAGAGUAACUUAUUAAAGUUGACCGCUCGACCAUCAGUCAUGUCUUGCGAUCUUUCUUGUUUGGAGACACAGGCGAGUAGAAGAUGAUGGAGUUCAAACUUUGAUUCAUUCACGGAGAAAGUCGACAAUACUCAUCAGCCAACAACAAAGUAGGCUUCCUGGUCAAUUUAAGACAGGACAUUAACUGUUAGAUCAAUUAGAGAUAAAACAAUUUCUACUGUCAGGUCCAUCCACCAGGUGACUGUUAUGAAACUUGCUUGUGCUGUGAGUCCUGACUGUGGAGUUGGUGCAACGCUGUAGGUAAAGGCUGAAGUUAUGUGUUGACACAAGUGUGUUUUACUCACAGCCUUGUACAAUGCUGAUAUAAUACUGCUGAUGCUCCCCCUCCAGUAUUUGAAGGCUCUCUACUCUGAUGAGCCAUGAGCACAAUUUGACACUGAAGAGGAAAUUAUAUGAGGAAGACAUUGGAAUGACAUCGUGUCAGAGCCUCAGUGUGUCUGGUUUGGCGAGUUUAUUUGUACAGCACAUUCCAAUUGAAUGUGCUUUACAUAAUAUAUAAAAGGCAUCAUGACAAAGUGUAAAAGCAACAUAAGACAAAACAGAAAAGGAAGCAUUGAAAAAGUUACAUAGAGCAUAACAAAUAAAUAAAUAAAAUGAGUGAAAACAA